AAAUCCUACAUUCUGAAGAUUCUAUAUACCUUUAAAAAUACAAUUUCUAUCAGAAAAUAAGAAACAAAACUUGACUUUUCAAAUGAGCGUUGUUGUCGCGAUUCUUAAGCGUUGCUGCUAUGCGAACUACAUGCGGCUGCAACCGCCGGAGAGUCACUGUAGUUUCGGUCAAAGGCUUUGAGCGAAAACAGGCACCUACCUGCAAAACAACCCUACAUUUGUAACGUCAUGGCUAGUUUCAAGGGGACGGGUUUUGUCGCGGUGACGAAACACUGUGUGUCAAGUCACCAGAUGAAGUAUGGAUAGGGAUGCUAGUACAGUUGCCACUUUAAUUGCCAUUUAUACUACCCCGUAAUUUAGGACGAGGUUGAUGAUGCUUCGAACAAGAGCACUUCUGUGGGGCGUUCUCUUAGUCUUUACCGUGUCAGCUGCAACGAAUGGUUUCUUCACCCGGAUCCCAGGGAAUGUGACAGUUUUAAGAGGAGGUGUCGCAGAAUUCCCGUGGUCUUUCGACGAUACCGGAGUCAACUCAUUCCAAUGGCUGAAACUACCACAGACAUUAAUUGGUGGCUUGAAUCUGUGGCAAAACGAAGAGGGUUCCCCGUUCAUACACGUGUAUGAAAGACGGGCACAACGCCUGGACGACUACGCGUACGGAUUUUCACUGUCGGAUGUGUCAGAGGCAGAUGCCGGGGGUUAUCGAAUCACUGCUUACCUGAUAAGCGGGACCGAAUUUAACAUCGCUACACUAACGGUUAAAUAUCCUCCAACAGAAACUACCGCCAGUGCGCCCGCAACCACCGUUAAUGAAGGAUUUCGGCUUCAGCUUUCCUGCACCACUCGCAGCAACCCGCCAUCUACGUUCCAAUGGACCAAAGAUAGCACAGCUCUCAACAAUCCAACAGCACAGGAGAACACAGUCCACGACAGUACUACUAGCACUAGUACUGUGAUCAUACCCAGAGUGAGCCGUGAAGACAACGGUCGGUACCAAUGUGAGGCGUCCAAUGGCCUGUCACCAGACGAAAACGCCUUCAUCGACAUUAUAGUCCAAUAUGCGCCAUCAAACACGGUAGCUACCGUAAAGGAAGCCAACAUCACGGAAGGAGGAAGAGUUGAGCUAUCCUGCCAUGCUGAAGGUCUACCUCGCCCUACCUACACUUGGUACAAAAUCUCGGACACAUAUGAGCUGCCGUCAGACAGUUCUACGGACCCUACAAGGGGAACACUGAUCAUCUUUCCUGCAAGGCUGGAGGACUCUGGGGUCUAUCUGUGUAGAGCCAGCAAUGGCGUGGGGGAGCCAGGGUCCUCUAGGGUCAACGUCACGAUCAUUGAGGCGCUGAGCCCUGUACCUCCACCAACAAUGCUCACAGGGACCAGAAACGACAAUUGGUUCGACAGUCCAUUAAUUGUACCGAUAGUCGUCACAGUAACCACGUCUUGCGUCUUGAUCAUUGUCGGUGCCCUCAUCUACCAUCGGCGGCGGAAAAGAUCUAUCAAACAGCGAAAAUGUGACCGUAUUUUAUCGUUAUCCAAUAAUCAUCACAGAGAGAGACUGGAAUACCUGUGUCCAGACAUGAGCGUCCUACGCGUUUCCGACGCGACCGAACUGGACAAAAUGGCGGAUCCAGCUCUGCAGGAAUUCUGGGAUUGUUUAGUGAGAAUGGACGUGGAUCCUGUCCUAAUGUUUCUGAGGGAAAAACGGAGUCUGACUGUUGAUGUGACAGCCGGAGUCCGGGCGGCCCCCUGUGUGGUAGAGAGGCUGUUGGAAAUUCUCUGCGUGCUGAAAGGUGACCAGGCGUCCCGUGUCCUCAGCGACGCCUUGCGACACUCAGAUCAAACGCAUCUUGCUGAUCUCUUGGACGGAAAAGUUUUACCGGAUGCGAAGUGCGUAACCAUAGCAACCACCACAGAGACAUCGAUCGGUAUCACUUUCAAACCUGCGUACAAGAACCUCCAACACUUUGGUGACGUGGACAAGUACCUGGUCACUUUGGGACUGGCCACUCCCGAGCCCAAGGUUAUUGCCAGAAGACAUAUCCACGCAUCUGACCCGCUCCAAGCCGAGUUCAGCGGACUGGAGCAGGGAACGUCAUACAACGUCACCGUCAUCAGUGAACGUGGUGACGUCAGGAGCGCCGGCGUUACUGUCACCAUAACAACGAUCGGUGGGUACGAGGAGCCCAGCAUGCUGCUCCAAAGAUUCACCGGCGAGGAAAGAUCUAAAAUUCACCACGUGCUAAUUUACAAGGACACAAUCACCCUGCUUGAGCCUCUGGGAAACGGAAACUUUGGAGAGGUUCGACAUGGCGUCUACAAAAAGGGCAAUAAAUGGAUGGAAUGUGCUGCGAAGACCCUGUAUGACACCGCCGCGCCAGGGGAGAUGGUGUCCCUCCUCCAGGAAGGACUGCGCAUGAUCAAGUUUAACCAUGACAACGUGCUGGAGCUGACCGGCAUCUGCGUCCAUGGCAACCAGGCCAUGAUCGUCCUCCCCUACAUGAAGCACGGAGAUCUGCGGAAAUAUCUCAUCAACAAACAGACAUUGCCCUUGUUGGAGAAUCUUCGCCUGUGCCUUGACAUCGCUCGUGGCAUGGCGUAUCUGUCUGAUAACGAUAUCGUACAUCGUGAUCUGGCAGCGAGAAACUGCAUGUUGGACGAAAACUUGCGGGUGAAAGUUGCAGACUUCGGUCUUUGCAGAGACGUCCACGAAAAGGGUUACUACAGAAUACAAAGCUGGGAGACCGGACAACACCCUUGCCCCCCUCCCCAGGUCAAGUUACCGUACAAGUGGAUGGCGCCGGAAAGCCACGCCACCUACAUCUUUGAUACCAAGACUGACAUAUGGUCGUAUGGGAUUGUACUAUGGGAGAUAUUCGCUGCUGGACAGACACCGUACCCCGGUAUGCCUGGGGUGUCCAUUGUACAUCACCUGAAGGAAGGAUACCGCAUGGACCGGCCCAACAGAUGCCCCAUCAUGCUGUACAACAGCAUUAUGAAGCAAUGUUGGCUGACUAGUCCCUUAGAACGGCCGAACUUCAAGGAAGUCCUGAGAAAGAUCGAACAGAUCCACACUUCUUUCAAACACCGCUCAGACUUCGAAAAUCACGAUGUUCAGGUACACAGCCUUGCCUAGCACAAAGAGUAGUUUCCAAACUGCUUCGUAACAAAGAACUCAGUUCGAAACUGCUCCGGAAAAAAGAAGUUUCGAAUUCCGAUGUUCAGGUACACAGUCCUUGGUCUAGCUUAGCAUAGAGAGCAGUUAAAAACUGCUCAAUUGCAAAGACGGUGGUUGAAAAGUGCUCUAACAAAUAGCAAAGAACGCAACGUUCAAAACUGCUCUAUAUAAGAACGCAGUUCAAAACUGCUCUGGAAUAGAACAGCAUCAUAAAAUCACGAUGUUUGGGUACACAGCCUUAGUAUACAGAGCAGUUAUAAACUGCUCUUUAGCAAUGGCAGUGGUUAAAACUGCUCUAUAGCAAAUAACGCAGUUCAAAACUGCACUGGACAAAAUGACAGCAUUAUUGCAAUUUAUUGAAAAGAUAAGGUCAUGUUGCAGAUUGUGUCUCAGGAAAGUGAGCAACUAAGUAUAUUUACGGCUAUAGACAAGAAAGAAAAUUGUGCACUUGUCAGCUGCUCUGUGAUUUCUUCACUUGUGUGUGUUGUUUACUCUGUCAGUGAAAAUGUUGCUUACUGUUGAAUGUAUCUGUUAAAAGGAGGAAUUCGAAUAGGUAUAUGUCCGAUUUUAUUUGCCAGCAAAACUGUAUAUAAAAUAUUAUGAACAGAGUUGUAUAUAUUGUUUUGACAUCGUUUCAUGUAUCAUAUAUGCUUGCAAGAUUUCUAUUUGUAAAUUGAGUUUUUUUAUUACAAUUAAAGCUUACUAUCAAAGCUCACAUAAGAAUAUAACCACAAAUUCAUGUUUGUCAAAUACUGUAGAUAAUAAGGCCUGUGAAACUAGAAAUGACGUAAAAUGAUUUUUCUUGCCGUGAUUAGGCCAUAUUGAUUUUGAUUACAUGGAUGACAUCCGCGCGCGCAUCAAAUUUCGGCCGUUUCCCACCCAAAACAACAAUACUGUUAAUCGCACAAAGUAGCUGGAAAAUGAGCAGAUAUUAUAUGCCGUUAACUGCAAACAAAUGUCAUAGAGUGCCAACUUCAACGUUCCAAGGUCAAAGAAAAUGUUAUAAAAACAAAAAUGGAGAAUCUUUUCUUUGGUACACCAUAUCCUGUGCGUUUAGUCAUUUGUUCAACCUUUCUGACCACUCAUAUUUCAUAAUGAAGGAAACUUUCGGGUGGCCAAUUUUUUUUUAACUCGCACGCUCGCAACAGUUUUGGCGUUCCGAAGGAUGUAAUCCACAUAAUCAAAUCAACAUGGCCUUAAAAGAAGACAUUGUCGUGUGUGCCUAUCCAGAUUGAAGAUAGCUAUGUUCUGUACAUUUUUACAUAUCAGAGGAGCGAUAGGGGACAUGUAGCUCAGGAAAGAGAUCUAGCACCAAGCACAGAGUAAAAACAUAUUUAGCAAAGCGUGGCACAACAAAUGAAGCACAAUUUAGCAGAAAAAAAGGUGCACAGUCAAUACACUAAAAGCCGGAUUAACCAAUAGCCUGGUAAUGUUUUUUUUUUUGGCUCUUGAAUCUUGAGAGAACGAUUAUCAGACGUAUGUAGGAUUUAUCGCUUUUGUUAGGGCAACCAUUUUCAGACGUACCUGUCCGUGACUAACCUGGGAUGUAAUUUCGUAACGGCUUAGAUACCACCUGGAGGUAGAUAUGGACGGUAGAUAUGGACACUCCAUAAAAAUGGUAUCUAACAAUAGCGAUAAAUAUAUCCAGUAGAUCUAUGCUGGAACAAUGUAUCGCACAAAACAACCAUGACCAAAUGAACCAGGCAUAUGUCAUCAAUGUCACCGAAUAUCGCCAAGACAUGAUGUGUUUAGCAAAUGUACAUUGCUCUGUGUUGUGAAUAAAGAAACAAAAAUUA